CUCGGCGUAGCGCUUUACGGUGGUAGCGCUGGUAUUAGGCACCGAUUUCGUGUUCUGGCAGCCACCACGCACCACCACCACCGCCUGCGCCCACCAGCACUACCGCGAGGCAUGGUCUCCUUCCUGUGCUGCAAAGCAGCACCGGACGAGGACGCGCCGUCGACGCCCAAGAAGAAGAAGUCUGCGGUAGCACCCCGGCAGCCGUCGCCGGAGGAGCCCGAGGAGACGGUGGUAGAGACGAAGGAGGAGCCCGAGGACGAAGGCCCGCAGGACGGCGGCGGCCUCUCCUGCGGAGGUGGUCCCGACGAGCCGUGCCGGCGCCGGGCCUGGGCCGGCAUCCUGCCGCACCAGCGCGCGCUGCUGUGCCCGCUGCACGCGCCCGCGCCGCCCCUCGAACAAAUACCCGAGGAGGCGUUGGAAAUUCUCAAGGACGGCAUCGAGACGGACAUGCCGCUGCGCUGCGCCCAGGCCCUGCAGUUCCACCUGAAGGACAUCACGGCGUGCCCCUACGCCAUCUGCGACAUCCGGAGGUACGGGGACAAGGGCGAGGUCAUCGGGACGGAGUGGCGGACAUUAAGGGGCCGCUACAAGUGGUCCGUCGCCGCGGCGUCCUCUCGUAUGCAUUCAUCGGCGGUGACGCACUUCAUUCCUGUGGUUCCGAGGCGCCGCGAGGCGUACCUCAUGAGAGAGAAAACGUAAUAGACUCGUUGUCUGAGCCGACCGUUCACGCGAGAGACGCGUAGCGACACGGAAACCGCCCCUCAUCGCUCAUCAACGCAGGGGCCUGCGCGACGGCGAGGUCGGCGAGGACGCGGCCAUGGUCACGACUUUGUUCGCGCACGCGACGCGACGGAACGCGGCCAAGUGCUGCGGAUACCUUGCGAUCCUCGAGGGCCAUCAAGCAAACGCGGGCCCGGGCAGGGAUAUGAAUGACGAGGGGUUCGCGCCGCCGCCGCCCUUCUGGCCCAAGGGCGGCGUCGGCGGCCACAAGUGGCGGCCCUACGACAUGCGGCCGCACGAAGACCCUUUGGACGCGGCAACCCGGCCCCUCGUCGCGGCGCCGCCCGAGCCGCCGGACGAGAGCGAGGAGGUCACCGUGCCGUUCAACGACUGGCACGCGUUCCGCGACGAGGCCCGGCUGAAGGCGCUGAAGAAUGAGAAGUACACGAUCGACGGCAAGUUGAUAAAAUAGUUUUGUGGUUUUUA